CGCUGGCUAGCAGUGAAGAAAAGACAAAAUACAACAGCGUUGUAUUAACUGACGCAGACGGGAGACGUACCGAAACCACUCCCGGUAGUUUCGUUUCGGAGCAAUUCGCGAAGAAUGGUUCGCUGUUACUACAUGGACUCGUCAAAUGAAGAUAAACGGUUGCCUCACGAACUGAGCCCGCCACAGAAUGUUGAUCUUGAGACGUUAUACAAAAAGACGGGGGUUUUGUAUUUCAAGAUCGAUGAGUCGGAUUGGUCCGGCCCCGAAGCUAUGGGUAAGUUGAAGGAGAUUCGCGAGAAACGUGGCUAUACCUACCAAGAUGUGUGCGCCAUUUCUAAAGAAUCGCUAGGUGAGGCUUAUGACGACAAGAUUAACAUGUUCUACAAGGAGCAUCUUCACACGGACGAGGAAAUUCGACUCAUUGAAGAAGGAUCUGGAUACUUUGACGUUCGUGAUAGCUCAGACCGGUGGAUUCGUAUUCGAGUCGAGAAAGGAGACAUGUUGAUUGUACCAGCCGGGAUCUACCAUCGUUUCACAGUGGAUACCUCGAAUCAAAUCAGGGCGCGACGUUUUUUCGUUGGAGAGCCGGUGUGGACACCCAUUAACCGCCCAGCUGAUGAACAAGAGGCUAGAAAGACCUACCUCAAUAACCUCGAGGAGAAAUUCAGCGUCGGUAUAGGAUUUGCCUAACACACCUUGCUAAGUAAAAAGGACACUGCGAAAAUUGCAUAACGGCCAAAAUACUCGUGUUUUCACAAUACGCGAAAAGAAGGAUAUGAUAAGUAUAUGAUACGGCUUAUACUAAUUAAAUUUACGUUUAUAAAAUAAAUAUGAUUAGUGAGUUGCACUUUUAAUAAAGUGGCUGCAAUAAAAACA